UCUAGGCUUGCUUCUGCAUUUAGAUUGCAUAUCUAACGCUCACUCAUGAUUCUUGCCCCCACAGUUUCCUUCUCCGGAGUGGGACACGGUCACCCCCGAGGCCAAGAACCUCAUCAACCAAAUGCUGACCAUCAACCCAGCUAAGAGAAUCACCUCAGAGCAGGCCCUCAAGCACCCAUGGGUCUGCCAACGGUCCACAGUGGCAUCCAUGAUGCAUCGCCAAGAGACCGUGGAGUGCUUGCGCAAGUUCAAUGCUCGCAGAAAACUCAAGGGAGCCAUUCUCACUACUAUGCUGGUUUCUAGAAACUUCUCAGUGGGCCGGCAGCAUACCAGCCCUGCUGCUCCCACCACAAGCACUGCUGCCCUUGCACAGGAAGGUAUGUGAGAGUGCAUUUCCUCACCUCGCCACCAGGGGGACCAGCGAGCCCCCUCCACAAUGCCUCCAAACCCCCGCCCUCCCUCUGCUCUACCCAAUCAGCAUGCAGCCAAUAAGAAGCCUGCCUCUCUUUCCAUUACUUGCAUAAAUUAUUUGGUCUUCACUCUCGUCUGCUAUGUAGUCUUGGAGAAGUUCUCACUUUUAAAAGGAUAGUGGCCUGCUGAAUUUCCAUCUCUCACAUACACGUCGUGCAUUUGAGCGAUGUGUAGGAGUAUAUGGGAUAGCAUGUCAUUUUUUUCAACCAUGUUUUUAUAUUGCUUUGCUUUUACAUGACCAUGUAACUUUAACAAUCAUCUAGCUAGCUUUUAACCCUAUAGUUGUAAGAAGUAUUAGAGCAGGUUCAGUCCUCUAAAAUGGGUCGAAUCAAUGAAAGAAUUGUUAAUGCUACAGGACAGAUAUGGGUCAUUCUCAAAAAUGUUGAAUUUCAUAUUAUAUUAUAUUACGUUUUUUAAAAUAAUGCCUCUCAACUCACACAACUCGCAUAUUAUUUAAAUAAUGUAUUUAAUCCAAUGUAAAUUAUACUUGUGAAAUAUUUAAUUUAAUUAAAAAGUCAAAUUAACUGCUCAAUUUGGUGGCCAAAUCUCCAUUUGCUGUUACUGCAAAUUUCAUAGAAGUGGUGUACUAGGCAUCUGGCAAAUUCAUCUCUUUUAAGAAAAAUACUCAAAAGUGAAACUAUUUUUCAGUAUUUAAUAAAGUUUUCAGUUACAUAGAAUGAUUUGAGUGGGAUUUGUUAAUUAUUUGACUGAUUCGACUGAUCAGUGUUUGUUACCAUGUUUUGAGAAUGACUCUUAUAGCGACAUUUGAAGUAUUAUAGCUUUUGUUCAGCUUUCAAAUGAUCUAUUCAUUUAUCCGUCGGCAUAGAUCGGCUCUUUUUAUAUAUGCGUGAACAAACAAUGUCUUGUUUCAUCUCGCAACUGUCCCUGGUUCAAUUUACACACAGCGGCUCUAGGCAAAACAAUCCAAUCAAUAGCGCAGCACUGCAUUCAUGUUAACGAUCGCCACCAUGAGACCCACCAUCGGCCGGCAUGCAUUAUCGUCUGCAUGGAGUAAAAAUGCAAAUGUUGCUGCUCCUUCUUUGAUUAGACUUUCUCUUUCUUUUUUUUCCUCUCACUCUCUCUCGCUCUGUCCUUCUUGGUUGAAUUGCUUCAGCCCUUUUUGGCUCCCUCCUUCCCUGCUGAUCAGCUUACUGGUGUUUUGUGCUAUUGGGUUAAAUAGCAUUUAAGUGAAGUCUGCUUUAGCUGCAGAUAUAGGACCCCGGUCACGUGUCUGUGCUCUCAUGUCUCUUUGGAGGGGAUGGAGAUUUUUAGAUCGGUGUCCUGUGUCAUCAACUAAAGCAGACCCUUGCAGCCUAGCCAAGCCACCAUUGCCCUACCACUCUCCUUUCAACUCUUCCUUCUCCCGUCGCCAAGAGCGCAGGGGCUUAACCACACGGACGGGCAGGAGCGGGGUUGGCUUGCUGCCAGUCGUCAGACCCCAUGUAGCCGGCGGAAGGGUCCGCUGAGCGCCAGGUGGUCUGCGGGGAAGGAGGCCCUCUGGAGGGCAGAUGGACAACACUGUUGACAGUGUCUGAGUCAGGAGAAAGUGGAGAGGAGAUCUCUGGUUCCAGUUGUGUUGUCUGAUCAAAUUGAAUUGUCUCACUCUUUCCGAAGUGCGAGACAUCUGUCUUGUCAGUUUCAGUAAAUGUCAGCCAGCUGCCAUUUUCAACAAGCUGUGUCUGAGCAGCCAUCAGCGUUGCGAGAAUACUUCGUAUGUACGUAAUGGUCAAAGGAGAACAAUUAAGAAAAAUUGCAGCAUCAGUUCAGAUCCUCCAGGAUUAUGGAAACCUAACAAGAGCCCUUUGCUGUAUUAUUGAACCUGUGAAAAUGUAAUGUUUCAGUUGUUGUGGUUGUUAGUUAUAGGUUAGAGUCUUCUCUUACUAUUUCUGCAGUAUGUAUACUAUACAUGAUUCAGGAGCACUAAAAUACCUGUCCGUUAGCAUUCCUAUUAAAGAAGUACAAAACCUUGAUGCUGCUAGGAAAACGCACUCUUGACUCACUGUUUGAACAAAAUUUUUAAUUUUUAUUUUAACAAAUAAUUUUAAAUAUUUCUUGAUUUUAGUUCUAUGGACUAUAUUUGUGACCUCAACUACCACCGAAAAUCCCAUUGGAAGGGCAUUACUGUAGACAUUUCUAUUCUUUUUACUAACUGAAGGACAAGUCAUUGAGUUUAAAGUUGUAUUUAACCUGGAAUGUUCCUUUAAUGUUCUUUUGAGCCGCCCAAUCAAUGCUCUCCAUCAGUUCUUGGCUUCAACUAGUACUGUAAGUGUUUAUAACUCUUUAUAUUCUGCUGUUGUUAAAGCCAGUCCUCCAGUUGAUGUAAGAUGUUAACCAAUAACCAGUAAUGACAUUUCAUCAAUGUUUCUUCAUUCUUUGUUUAAGAGCUUUUCAUUGUAUGACCAAGAUAAGAUUUACUGUCCAAUAGGUUAUGAAGAUAAGGCAUGUUAUUAUGUCGGCUGUGUUGCCUGUAAAUCUCUAAUAUAUAAUUUA